UGUUCUCCGAAGUCACUGGCUGUUUGGAAGCGAGCCGAGCCCGGAGCACUUACUGACAGGUGUUUCUGUUACCCAGGACUCAGAGGAGACUCGGAAUUGAAAUCAUGUCCAACGGGAAAGAUGCACCUGUUAGCACAAACUCCACAGAAACGUCCCUAAAGGCAUGUCUUGAUGAGUGUAUGGAGGCCUUAGAUCUGUUCCUCAAUAACCACUUCAGCGAGAGUCUGGACAAACUGAAGCCACGGUGUAAAGAGAGUAUGUAUCAUGCUCUGAUCUACGCCACCGUGUUAGAGAUGCAGGCUAUGAUGACCUUCCAACAUGAUGACAUUGUCAACGCAGGAAAUACAAUGAAAAGUGCCCAAGAUGUUUGCCAGAGGUUUCGUAAGAGGUCUGGUAGUCUGGCAGGAAGAGCAGCAAGUGACGAGCUCUCUGAAGAGGAGCUCCAUGCUGAGGCCUGUUAUGAAUGCUUGCUACAAAGAGCCGCUCUCACAUUUUUACAGGAUGAGAACAUGGUGAGUUUCAUUAAAGGAGGAAUCAAAGUACGCAAUAGCUACCUCAUAUACAAGGCGCUCCACUCCUUUAUUGAGUCACAUACCUCCUUCAAAGGGCCAAAUCACAAGCACCUGGAGGGAGGGGUGGCGUUUGGAAUCGGUGCGUUUAACUUGACACUUUCCUUGUUUCCUGCACGGAUUCUCAAGGUUUUGGAGUUUGCUGGAUUUUCUGGAGAUAAGGAAUAUGGGCUUUCUCAGCUUUAUGAAGGAGCCACCUCCCAAAACCUACGUUCUCUGCUGUGUGCCCUGCUGCUGCUCUGCUUCUACACCUUCCUCUCAUUUAUUUUAGGGACAGGUGAGGGAGAAGUAGCAGAUGCUGAGAAACUGCUGAAGCCAUUUCGGCUACGAUAUCCAAAUGGGGCAAUUUUUCUUUUCUUUGCAGGCAGAGUGGAGGAAAUAAAAGGCAACAUUGAUGAGGCAAUAUUGCUGUUUGAGAGUGGAUGUAAAGCGCAGCAGGCCUGGAAGCAGUUUCACCACAUGUGCUACUGGGAACUGAUGUGGUGCUUCACCUACAAAAGGCACUGGAAAAUGGCCUACUUCUACGCUGACCUACUCAGCAAGGAAAGUCGCUGGUCCAAGGCUAUGUACGUGUACAUGAAGGCUGCUUCUCUCAGUAUGCUGCCAGAAGGAGAGGCUCGUCCAUUUGGGGAGAACGAGACUGAGCUCUUCAGGCAGGUGCCAGCCUUCAAACAGAAGAUAGCAGGGAAGUCUCCUCCUACGGAGAAGUUUGCUAUCCGCAAAGCCCGGCGCUACAAAGCCACCACCCCCAUACCGCUACCCGUUCCUGUGCUUGAGAUGAUGUACAUGUGGAACGGUUUCUCCAUCAUAAGCAAACAGCCAGAGCUCACAGCGGGCAUUCUGGAAACUCUACUGGAGGCAGAGCAAACCCUGCAGGCUUCCCCUGAGAAUGUGUACACUGCAGAUGAUAGCUGCCUGAUUUUUCUGCUGAAGGGUCUGUGUCUGAAGAACCAAAACAAACUGCACCUUGCUGAAGAAAGUUUUAACAAAGUUUACAGCAGUGAGAAGAAGCUGAAGUAUGACCACUACCUGAUUCCUAACACUCUGCUGGAGCUGGGCCUGCUCUAUGCUGAUACAGGGCGGAGGGAGAAAGCCAUCAAACUCCUGCAGAAAGCCAAGAAUAACUACAAAGAAUACUCGAUGGAGUCCCGCACUCAGUUCAGGAUCCACGCAGCUCUGUCAAAACUGAAGGCCGACACAAGUGACCAGGAAGAGAUCACAGCUCUGUAACUAUUAUACAGCUGAAGUGGCAAGUUGAGGACGGACUCUUCUAGUGAAAUACGAUGCCAAAGAGACUCUUUCAUCAUCACUCCCUAAUUCAGUUCAAUAGAAGGCUACAUAUAAAGGGCCCCACUCAGACAGUCUUGUUGACAUCUUAGGGACACUUAAAACACAGCAUUUGUAGGUAAUUUACAUGAUGCGUGUAUUUUAGGAUAAAUAGCUUAGAUACAAUUGAUAUACAGUAUAGUUUACUUGUGGUUGAAAUAUCCAAACAUUUCCACAUGGAGAGUAUUAUUUAGUAAUAAAUCUUGCUUGAGAUACAGCAGCACUUUUAGGAGGAAAAAAUCUCAGGCUUUUCUAAUUAUUUUUGAUUUGUUGAAGAUAAUUAGGUGUGCCAUCUUUGGUGUAUUAUUAAAGCAUUGCGAGAUGGUGUUUUUAUCCAGGAAAUGAAUUGAAGAAAUAGUUAUCUUUCAGUUAUAGAAAAAAAAAAACAUGGACCAUGGACAAGUGCCAGCUUCUAAGUACAAGAAAUACAAAUGGAAGGCUCACAACUAGACAUAACACAUGACCAUUCUCAACUAUGAGAGAAAUUUCUCACCAAAAGGUGAUCUUUAUAUUUCAUGAAGGACUAAAUUUGGUCUGAAGGCCGAAUUUACACUGCUAAUUGUUUAAAAUGGAUUUUUCUGUGAAAGCUAAGCGACAGUGUCUACACAUGAUGUGUCUUUUCAGAGAUUAUGCUGGAAGGAUAUUUUGUAAAACUGACAGUGUUGAACCAAAGCUUUAAAACGGUCACUUUAAAAGCAACAUAGGCUGCAGAAAAUGCAUUUAUAUCAUAAAAUCCAGUAACAUGAGACUUUUUAUAUCAUCAGUUAUCAAAAGUGAAUAAACAUUUUAUCCUAGAAAUGGGAAAGACCUCUGUUUAAAUACCCAGUUCAUGCACAAGUGAAAAUUGUCAUAUAUAUAAACAACGCACACCUAAUAUUAACGUGAUUCGUAUAGUUCUCUGUUUUAAGCAUUAUAAUAAAUCACUAAAUUUAUUUAACGUUGCAUGAUCCAUAUUGAGAAAUAUAAUUUGACUAACUUUUUAUAACUGAUGAAAUAAAUAUAGUGGCUGUGGGAUUGAUUGUAUGUAUGAUUUCAUGUCAGUCUAAAACUGUGCACAGACACCUGUUGUGCCGUGUUCUGAUUAUUCAUUUCAUAAUAUUAAUAAGCUUUCUUUAAUAUGGGUUUGAUUAAAAAUAAAUCCUAGCAAAAUCAGUAAAUUA